GGCGAGGCGUGGCGCGCGCGGCUUGCGAGCUUUUGCCAAUAGGCCCCGGCGGCCCCUCCCCGAGCGAGGGUGAGGCCCGGCGGAUGUUGCCUGCGGCACCUCGCCCGCGGGUUCCGCACGCAAUCGUCGGUGGAGCUGGCGGCGGCGGGCGGCAGCAGCUCGAGUGAGCUGGAGGGCCGUGCGGAGGCUGAGGUGCAGAUGGUGCCGGAUGAGCAGCUCUAUCCGCACAGAGGCUGGAAGGGGGGGCCCCAGAACCUGACCGAAGAGGAGACCCGCGUGGUGCACAGUCGGAUCGCACGGUGCUAUGACCCCAGGAUAGACGGAGAUUAUUCGAAAGUCUCAUACAAGGCGGAGCUUGACGCUUACAUGAAAUUUCAGGUUAAGCCCGGAUUGGACAAGGUCUCGCGUGUCAUUAGUUACGAAAUGCCGCACGUCUGGGGCAAGCACGCUUUGACAGGCUUCAUGGCUCAUCACUGGAUCUCAGCCAUCAUCCCGGAUAUUGAGAAGGCGCCGUCGUCUCAGUGCAUAGAAUUCGACUACAGUUCGGCGCUCAACACAACGCACGACCCGAGCGGUUGCUUCUUCUUUCGACGAUCUUUCGAGCCCACGCAGAAGCUGGUGAAGUGCGUGGAGGGCGCUCUCGAGAGCAGUAGAAGCUGGAAAGGUCGGAGAGCCAUAAUGGGUGCCUGGGGAGAGGUUCUGAACAAGGCAGAAUUCACAUUCUCGGUAUUCCGAAGGUCGUCUGGAAAGUCGACGGGCGUGCCGUCGAGUCUGUCGUCCUUACACGCCAAGUGGAACAGCGAUGGGAACGUUGUCCCAGAGCGCUUCAACGAGACCAAGGGCUGUGGACGCACGUUUUACAGCCCCACCUGUGACACCGGGACAACGCUCAGAGAGUUGCAGCCGUGUGGAGAAGGGGAACGCGAGGAUGAGAAGACCGUGCUGGAGUGCGAGAGCCGCUCGGCUGGCAACGACUCGUCCAUCGCGGAGCUUAUCGUCGACCGGGACGUGGUCCGAGCGGGGCAGCUGUGCAAGACGAACAGCACGCCGCCCCUCUUCGGCCGCGUCGCUCUGGCCGAGGGCGCGGGCUGCCCCGAGGAGGAAAAGGUCGAGGAGGCCAUUCGACUCGGGGCGGUGGCCGUCGUGCUGCAGACCAUGCCCGGGGAGUACUACUACCGGGGCGAGAGGGGCAAGAAGUUCGGGAAGCUGCUGCCGAUCCCAACAUUCGCCGUGAGCUCGAGGAGCAUGAAGGAGGUUGUCAACUUCUUGAAGUCGCUCGAGAAGGAGGAGAACCUGACGGCUGGUGACGCCCACCUUCGAAUCGCCACUUACGCCCCCAUCUUCCAGGAGGGGGCCGACAUUGUGCCGAACUACGCAGAGGAGGUCAAGAUUUGGGCGGACGCUGGCGAGGCCGUCUCCUGGUCAAGCACAUUAGACCGGGCUUACGAGAUAAUCAAGACGGUAUCGAUGGAGAAGAUGGACCACAGUAGCUUGGAGCGCGCGAAGUUUAUGGUAUCUCAGGCAGUGCGCACCUCCAUGACCCAGCCGCUGAAGUCCAAGUUCGACCAGAUCGACGCGGACACGGAGGAGGCACUCAUGCAGUGCUACGGGCUCAGCGAGCCGCCGACCACGGCAACGACGACAACCACAACAACGCAGACAAUGACGUUGGAGACAGUUGAGGAAGAGGUCGAGAUCGAAGAUGAGCUCGCAGAGGAGGUUGACCCGCCCGACGACCAUGAGGCAGACGAGACGGGCGCUGGCUCGUGGGUGCAGCUGGGCGGCGGCGGCGACACGGCCUGCAAGAGCGUGUCGGUCAUGAGCUCGGGGCGCCGGAAGGAAUUCGGCGCCGAGGAGCUGAAGAACCGCGUGGAGUUCCGCCUCGGCGGCGCGUCGCUCGAGCUCAACGAGACCGAGGCGCGGCGGAGGCCAGAGAAGCACGUGUUUGGGACCUGCUCGGGGCCACCCUGGCGUAUGGUUCAGCCCGUUCCCAGUCCUCUUCGAGGGGCACCGCGCUACAGGCGCGCCUGCCUCCCUUGCAGGGGCGCCUUCCCGGCGACGGCAGCCUCGCUCGUUCGUUCGUUGGGGC